AUGGAGAAGGGAAAAUUUACCUUCACGCCUCAGCCUCAAAGAUGGCACUGGAGAACAAUUGUCUGGAUAGCAGCAGCUGCGGGGAUAGUGGGCCUGGUGGGGUUCGGUAAACUCCCUACCCCAGCGCAGCGCUGGGCCUUCCGGGGUGAUGCUCAAGUCCAAGCCUCGCCCUAUGGAGCAUUCCCACAAGAGGACGACCCAUUCCAGUUCAUUCCCUGCACUGAUGCCAGCCGUCCGCCGCCACUGGAAGACUCGACUCCUCAGCAAUCAUGGGCUGCCCUCUUCGACCCCAAUCCCAGCCAUUGGAACUGGGGGAGCACAGGCCGGGGCAUCUACCUGUGUGGAUACUUAGAUCUCCCACUGGAUUAUCACAAUUCUUCAGACACUCGUAUUGUCCGCAUUGCAGUUACCAAGUUCCAGGUGGCCGGUUUGGCUCAUAGGAAUGAUCCUGGUAUUUCACCCAAGAGUUACAAGAGUGAGCGCACUAUCAUCAUAAACCCAGGAGGCCCGGGAGGAAGCGGAACAUCUUUCCUUUGGGAAACCGCGGAGGAGAUGACCAACCGUUUCAGUGACGGACAACUCGAUGUUCUAGGCUGGGAUCCCCGCGGUGUGAAUUUCUCCCUACCCGCCGCGGCAUGUUUCCCCCAAGACAAGUUCAGGGACCGAUGGUCGCUCCUAGCACUCCGAUAUCGCGAGGAGGCCCCAAAGGCCCAACUAGAGGCUGCGGAUGCCAUGAACAACGCCACGUUCUUUGCCUGCCAGCAACGACUGGGAGAUUUUGGUCGCUUCGUCACCACAGCAUCGGUGGCACGGGACCUAGACGAGAUCCGAAAAGCACUUCAAGAAGAAGAAGUCACCGGAUACUUGGUCAGUUACGGUACGGGGAUUGGUCAGACAUAUGUCAACAUGUUUCCUACCCGAGCGGGUCGUGUGAUCCUCGAUGGUACGGAAUAUGUCAGGGAUCAUCGCCUUUUAGGCGGCUUUGGCUGGACUGCUCUCGACAAUGCAACGGAUGCAUGGCGUGAUGGCUUCUUAGGGGAGUGUAUCAACGCCGGUCCGAAGUUGUGUGCAUUGGCCAAUCCUGUUUCUAGCCAAGCCGGCCCCGUCACUCUGGCGCAGCUAGAAACCCGUAUGACCCAGCUGUUUGAGUCCCUCAAAGCUCGCCCAAGAUCUGCGUACACGGAAUUGGCAGGUCCUUCUCUGGUCACUUACUCAGCGCUUGUGAAUAGGCUUCUCUAUCGGGCUAUGUAUAGGCCAGAGGAGUGGCCGGGUACAGCACAAAUGCUCUAUGAGCUCGAAGCAGGGAACGCAACUCUAGCAGCCAACUCUCUAGAUCUCUCGUGGAGCGACUAUUCAGAGAAACCAUCAUAUCCCUAUGUCCCAUCCUCCAGUGAACUCGAACUUCUUGUGAUCUGCUCCGAUUCGUACGAUGCGCCCCUCCCAGACGGACUUGGCUGGUGGGAACAGUUAUGGGAGAAAAUGUCUGCCCAGAGCUGGAUGGCUGGCAACUCCCGCUUCUUCGCAGUUCUGCCUUGUCGACACUACAAUACAUAUUGGGACCGUCCUUCGGAGGUGUAUCGCGGCGAUCUCAACAACACUCUCAAGACCCCUGCCCUGCUUAUCGCUUCUCCGUAUGACCCUGCAACACCCUUGCGCAAUGGAAGAAGACUUCUAGCGGAGAUGGGUCAAAAUGCCCGGUUGAUUGUCAAUCAUGCUUACGGGCAUAGCUCUAGACGGGACAGGUCGGAUUGCACGGAUCGAGUUGCUAAAGCUUACAUUCUAAACGGCACUCUUCCAGAGGAACAGGAAAUUCAGUGCUAUGCCAAUGACACGCCCUAUGUGCGUGGUCUUGUUGGCGACGAAUGA